UUAUCUUUCUUUCAGAAGGAGACGAUUCAAGUGAUCGCUCAAUCUGUGGGCAUUACUAAAUUAAAAGAUGAAAUUGCUCAAGCUUUGGCUCUUGAUGUUGAAUAUAGAGUGAGAGAAAUAAUACAAGAUGCUUCAAAGUGUAUGAAACAUGCUAAGAGAGGAGUUUUAACUACAGAUGAUAUUAGUAAUGCCUUGGCAAUGAAGAAUAUCGAGCCACUUUACGGAUUCAAAGGACAAUCAUCACAACCAAAUAGAUUUAGGAGAGUUAAACAAACGAAAGAUUUAUACUUUUUGGAGGAUGUAGAACUUGAUUUGAAGGAUUGUUUGGAAAAACCUCUUCCAAAGAUACCAAUAGGACCAUCAAUAUUUACACACUGGUUGGCCAUUCAAGGUAUUCAACCAAAGAUUCCUCAAAAUCCUACUAUUGAAGAAACAGAAUCGGAAAGAAAGAAGGAAUCAAAAGAUAAGGAUCAAUCCAAGAAAGUUUCAUCAUCACACGAUCCUAAUGUAGAAUUUAAACCACUUGUCAAACAUAUAUUAUCGGAAGAACUCCAAAUGUACUUUGAAAAAGUUACAGAAGCUAUCAAAGAUACUACAAACCAAAAGAAAGAACUAAGAAAAGCUGUCAUUGAAAGCUUGGCAACUGAUUCUGGUAUUAAUCAACUCGUCCCUUAUUUUACUCAAUUUAUUGCUAGUGAAGUCACAAAUAAUAUGAGAAAUUUGACUCUUCUUUAUAGAUUGAUGGAAAUGACAAAAGCACUUCUUGUCAACCCAAAUAUUCAUAUUGAACUUUAUCUUCAUCAAAUAAUGCCUUCAAUUCUGACUUGUAUUGUUGGUAAAACUUUAUGUGAAAAUCCAUAUGAAAACCAUUGGGGACUUCGAGACUUUUCAGCAAAUACUAUUGCCUAUAUUUGUCGCAAAUUUGGCUCCUCAUAUCAUACCCUCCAACCCAGAAUUACUAAAACAUUGCUUCAUGCAUUUUUAGAUCCAAAAAGGUCAAGGGCAACUCAUUAUGGUGCUAUUGUAGGAAUUACAGCUCUAGGAUCACAUGUAACACAACUCUUGCUCUUGGAACCUCCUAAGAAUUCUAACCUUAAAAUAUUUUGCAAUUUACUCCUUCCUGAACUUGUUUCCUCUGACAUGAACACUAAACACCAGGCCUUUAUGUGUUACAAAGCAUUAUUAACAGCCCCUGGA